AUGUCCUCUGCAGUACCCUACGAUCCAUACAUCCCACCUGAGGAGCCAGCUGAGCAGUCCAAAGCUGCAGCUUUGAAAGCAGAAAUUGAUGAUACCGUUGGAAUUAUGAGAGACAAUAUCAACAAGGUAGCUGAACGUGGUGAACGUUUGACUUCCAUAGAGGACAAGGCCGAUAAUCUUGCCGUAUCGGCCCAGGGUUUCAAAAGAGGUGCCAAUAGAGUAAGAAAACAAAUGUGGUGGAAAGAUUUGAAGAUGAGAUUAUGUUUGGUGCUUGUUGUAAUUAUCCUACUGGUAGUUAUUAUCGUUCCGAUUGCAGUUCAUUUCAGCUGA